AAAAGUCUAACCAAGUUCUCAAAACCGCGAGGACAGACGGAAGCUAAUAUAAAUGUGCUGCCGUUCGUGAGGGGGUAACUAGGGCCAGGAAAACAUCUCUCCUGCUCUCUCUCUGACCUCCAUCGCUUCAAAGCCACCGACGGACACCCGAUGUAGCGUGCGCCACGGGCCAUGGCCACUCUCGAGAGCUGCCACUGUUCCGGCGCCGGUGGUCAAAACAAUAAUAACAGCAUCCUGUACAACAUACUGAAGAACGAUAGUCUCGCCACCACUGAAGAAGAACAACAACCAACACCACAACAAAACCGACAGCACCGUGCGAUAAGGGUCUCCUCGUGUGCCUCCCUCUCCUCCUCCUCCUCCUGUUCCUCUUCUUCCUCUUCGUUGCGGCUCGAUGUCAGGCAGCAACAGGCUUGCUCGUGCAGCUCCUCGCGGCGACGGGGUUGUCUCCGGUCCCCGCAGGUGACCUGCAAAGCUGCGUCGGCGGUCCUCGUGAAGACUCUGCGUUUCGUGAAGAACGUGCCAUGUUUCCGCGAGCUGCCAGAGGAAGACCAGCUGCUGCUCGUUCGGAACGGCUGGGCGCCGCUGCUCGUUCUGGGCCUAGCACAGGACAGGGUUGACUUCGAGACCACGGAGACCGCAGAGCCCAGCAUGUUGCAGCGGAUCCUGACCGGUGGAUGUGGCGGCCAGAGCAGCUUAACGGACAGACAGGGCGAGCCGCGGUCCGAGCAGAGUGCGGGAAUCGAAGGGGUCUCUCUCUCGGAUAUCCAGGGCAUCAAAGCAUUCCUGAAAAAGUGUUGGGUUUUGGACAUUAGUACCAAGGAGUACGCCUACCUCAAAGGAGCUGUGCUGUUCAACUCAGAUCUCCAAGGUCUGCGUUACCUCCACUACAUUCAGUCGCUGCGGCGCGAGGCUCACCAGGCCCUCAACGAGCACGUGAAGCUGAUCUACCGGGAGGACUCCACGCGGUUCGCCAAACUGCUCAUAGCCCUGUCCAUGCUGAGGGCUAUUAGCCCGCCUGUGGUCGCACAGCUCUUCUUCAAGCCUGUUAUCGGAGCAGUCAACAUGGAGGACGUUCUACUGGAGAUGUUCUAUGGAAAGUAGAGACUUUCUCUUGUCCCGUUCAGAAACAACCCUUAGAUAAGCCCCCUAAGUCCUAGUCACCUUUCAUAGCCUCUGUUCCCCAGGUUAUUCCACAUAGCUACUGCUCCCUGGCCCUUACUACUAGUCACUUGUUGUAGUUUUAAAGGGAUCUGGGAAUAAUAAGCAAUAUGAUUGGUCCCCUGUUCCCUCUCAUAGGCUAGGACAGUUUUGCAGUGUCACAUCUCAGUCCUCUCAGAUCAACACAGCUGGGGUUGGUUUGGGACUAGAACCUUCUGUCUUUAGGACGGACAAAAAGUAGAUCUGAAUGGACAAUUGAACGCAAGGGCAGAAGAACGAAAAUGUUAGUGUGUUUUGUCAAAAUGUCUUGGACACAGUGGUGGGUGAGGAAACAGUCUGUGUGUGUGUGUGUGUGUGUGUGUGUGUGUUUUUAUCUGUGUGUUUGUGUGUGUGUGUGUGUGUUUUUAUCUGUGUGUGUGUGUGUGUGUGGUGACGGUGUCUUACUGACCAAGAAGAGCUGCUGAUCGGAGUCCAUAAGUUAUUUCUUUUUACAUAAAAGUAUUUUUAUAUAAUAAAAUUAUUCUCCUUAAAAGCGUUGCUGUGCUUGUGUCAGGUGAGCGGUGCGCUGACUCACCAUGGGGACUAGAAACGUGUUAGAGAAAGUUGUCUCUGGAAACUGAUCCACAGUCAGCGUUGACUGGGACCCCUAAAGGUUAAGGUUAGGGGUAAACUAAUUUUAAAUCUGGGCAGAAGGGCA